AUGAUCGAGUUAGGCCUGAGUCGCGUCGCGCGUCUCCUUCAGCAGACACCGCUAACAUGGAAAGCCAUUCACAUUGCCGGCACCAACGGUAAAGGCUCGAUCAGUGCCUAUCUUUCCCAUCUGCUCGCCGCAGGAGAGGUUCGGUGUGGCCGCUUCACCUCCCCACAUUUAAUUGACCGGUGGGACUGCAUUACCAUUGGCGAACGGGUUGUCCAGGAGUCCCUCUUCCGGCAAAUCGAGUCCCAGGUCAAACAACGAGACCAGAACCUAGGUAUCGGCGCCUCCGAAUUCGAGCUCUUGACCGCUACCGCCUUCGAGAUAUUCAAUCAUGAGCGAGUCGAAGUCGGGGUGGUGGAGGUGGGAAUGGGUGGUCGCCUCGAUGCGACCAAUAUCUUGACGGAUGUGCUGGUCUCCGUCAUUGCCAAGAUUGGGAUGGAUCACCAGGCCUUCCUGGGCUCGACAAUCGAGGAGAUUGCGCUGGAGAAGGGGGGAUUCUCAAACCGGGCGUGCCCUGCGUCAUUGACAACACCAAUGAGACUGCCCCGCAUCCAAGAGCUCGGCCUUAACGCAACGUUUGUCUGUCCAGACAAAGUCGAGGAGCAACUUCCACCUCUCGCACAGCUUUUCCAGAAAUUGGAUCUCGAGCCUCACCAGCAAGAGAAUAUGUGUUGCGCAGUGACUGCGCUGCGUCUUGCCUUGUCCAAGAUUCGACCUCACGUGGAUGCUUUCUCCCUCCUGCCACAUCUUUCUGACGUCAAAUGGCCUGGCCGUUUGGAGUCCGUCAACCUCCAGCCUCUCAUUCAACGAACCGAACCAGUUCUCCUGGAUGGCGCCCACAACCCGCAGUCUGCCGAAGUACUCGGUCGGUAUGUCGACCGCAAGCUCCGGCCACAGUCGGGAACUGUCACGUGGGUGGUUGCUGCGUCAAGUGGCAAAGAUUUAGCUGGGGUCCUUUGCUCCAUAAUACGUCCUGGAGACAACGUCGCCACGGUUGAAUUUGGUCCGGUCGAUGGAAUGCCCUGGGUGAAACCAACCAGCGCUGUCGAACUUGCUUCGGCUGUACAAUCUCUCUCGGAAAUUGGGCAGGUGGAGAGUUUCGAAGGCGAUCUCCUGCCUGCGAUCAAAUGGGCCAGCAAGGUCGCUCACGGCCGCCCUAUUGUCAUCGCUGGCAGUCUCUACCUAGUUUCCGAUGUCUACCGACUUCUCCGCGAUGCCUAA